AUGGUGGGGUUCCGAGUGCGACGUCACGUUGGCAGUGCAAUGUCUCGGUCGACAGACGACCAAUUGGCACCGGCGUACGUGGACAACUCGCUCAACCUUGAAGCUCCAGAGUCCUCGGCCAGCAACCUCGUCAGCAAAGGGCCCGGGAGCUAUGUGCCGCCCGGCCAGAUCUCUUCGUCGCCAAUGUCCGCUCUCCCGAAUGGCGUGCCCAGUCGCUACAGCACCACCGACGGCAAGGACGUGAAGCCGAACCCUGCCGGAUCGUCGUCGUCGCUCCUCGGCGAUGUCUGCAGCGCUGCCGACUUGCGCGCUGCUCUAGAAGCCCUGCAUGAGCGAGAAUCCGACGUGACGGCCCGUCUCGACUCCCUGGUCGCUUCGCAGCCCGACUUGACGCGGCAUCUCGGUCGGCUGGAUCUGCUGCGAGCCGGCCUGGGCGCGCAGGUCAUCGCUGCGAGAUCCAUCAGCAAUGACAUGCUCUCGUCCGCGGCCGCGACUGCGGGGAGGCUUAGCAACAGGGUCAAGGAGCUGGACCUGGAGAAGAGCCGUGUGGAAGAUACGCUCGGCGUGGUGGACCAAGUUGCCGAGCUCAAGGCCUGUGUCAACGGCGUGAUAGGGUCCAUGGGCGCGCCGCAGGAUUGGGAGGCAGCCGCCGGGUACCUGGAUAGAGCAAGCAGAGUCCCGGAAGAAAUCGCCAAGGGGGCAUUCGCCACGAGCAUCGUCCCCAGCGUGGAGGCUCCCGACCCUCCGUGGGUGACGCUGGAGACGGCGAGAGAGUCGCUGUGCGGACUCUUCCUGCGGGAGUUUGAAAAGGCGGCUGAAGACGGCGACGGCGCAAAAGUCACCCGAUUCUUCAAACUGUUCCCCUUGAUUGGAAGGACCGACGUCGGGUUGGACGUGUACGGGCGAUAUGUCUGCCAGGGGGUAGCAGGGACGGCUCGCGCCACGUUGAAGGACAGUGUUGGCUCCCUCGGCGGGAAGGAGGGAUUCUUCUACGCCAAUGCACUGACGAGACUUUUCGAGCACAUAGCGCAGAUUGUCGAAAGCCAUGGGGGUCUCGUGAAGCGGCAUUACGGCGCCGGCAAGAUGGUCCGCGUCAUUGAGCGGCUGCAAAUGGAGGCGGAUGUUCAGGGCGGCAUCAUCGUGGAUACCUGGAGUGAUGAGCGCGGCAUUGACAGGAUGAUAACUGACGUGAAAAGCUAUCCCUUUUCUUUUUUGGUGCAGAGCUUUCUGCCGCAGGCCCCUAGGAGUGGCACGCCCCGGGUCAAUUCCCCAGCUGUGGCUGGCGGGAAUCCUCGCUCGAGCGAGGAUGAAGGGGUGAACAUGAAAGAGGUGGAUGGGCUGCUGAGUGAGAUUGCCCUUAUGCUCGGGAGGUGGUCGCUAUAUACCCGGUUUCUGUCCGGCAAAUGCAUGAUGUCUGCAAAGCUUACGACCCCGUACAAUGUCAUGACGACAUUCUUUUUUCGCCGGUCUGUAGAGAAGGCGUUCCAACUGGACGAGUAUCCUGCCGGUUUGUCCUUGCGCCUAAACAAGUCCAUUGACGGCCACGGUCCCAUUAUCAUCACGGCUGUAGAUGAUGUCAUGUACAUUGUCAAUACGGUGAUACAAAAGUCCAUGUCGACAUCGCAACGGGAAGUUAUUGCAUCCGUCAUUCCGACCAUCGGCCGAGUCUUGGGCUCUGAUUUCAUCGGUAUGGUGCAGCGCAAGAUGAGGGAUGAGUCCUAUCCAAAGCCCGCAGUACACGGUGGCUUCCCGCCCGAAGACAAAAUCAUCCAGUUCAUCGUGCUCAUCAACAGCCUCGACUUGGCAAAUGAAUACUUGAGCAGAAUCAUCGGCAGCCGGGUCGUUAUAGCCCAAGGCCAAGCAAAUGGCGUAGCGCUGCACGAGUCUUUCAAGGACUCGUUCCCAUUCGACAAGGAUAAUGCUUUUGCCGCCAACGCGCUACACUCGCUCGAAACCAGCUUUGUCAACAAGUCCUCUGAGCUCCUCAACGAGGGCAUCCAAGUGCUCUUCACGCAAGUUGUCAAGCUCCGACUACGGCCCGUCUUCAGCGAUACCUUCCGCGAUGUGGAUUAUACUUUGAACGAGCAAGAUGUGGCAGACGUGGCGGAGCAAAAUGACGAAAACGUCAAGGACAUCCUCGACCAGGUGCCGCGACGAUUCGAACACGGUUGGGAUCAGCUGAUGAGGCCUAUUGCGCGCAUCAUGACGCCUGGCACAUUCAGCACGCUGCUAGAUAUCACGACUCGGUCCCUGUCCAAGAUUCUGGAGAAGAGGAUACUGAGUUAUGCGGGGAAGACGAGUGCGUUUGGCGCGGUCCGCAUAGAGAGGGACUUUACUGGCAUCGUGAACGUUGUCUCCAGGGGAGACUAUCGCGUCCGGGAGGCGUUUGGCAAAGUGACGCAGCUGCUUAUGGUGGCUAAUAUGGAGGACGACGAGUGGGAGGAGCUGGCCAACGACGAGGCUGCUGUCGAAUGGGUGCUGACGGAGGAGGAGAAGAGAAAGGCGAGGGGGUUGGUGAAGGGCUAG